AUGUCUUUUUGGGACUGGUUCGCCACCGGUGAAGUCCUCUUUCUGGGUCGUUUUGCUGAGGCUCACCACUUGCCCAACACUCCAACCCCCAAUGUGAUCGAAGUAUGCCUCAACUUGGACGACAAAACCAGGGUUCAGAACCCGGCCAGCCUUAUGGCCGAUCUUAUGGCCAGCCAACGCUUUAUCGACACUCAGCCACCUGGACAAACAAUCAUUGACAAGUGGAACGGAACCCGAAUUACUUUCAUUGAUGCAUCCACGUUGCCAUACCGACCUCCCAUGGUACCGCUUGCCCAGGCCAGAUCCAACUUUGAUUCUGCAAUCGCCGACUCACUUGAUUUGAUAGCACUCGGCAUCUUCGAAGUCGCCGCGGGAACCGACAUUGACGAUCCCGUUCUUGGGCCUACCAUUACUCGUCUUGCAAAACGCAUUAUCACACCGGACUCCCCUUUGUUGAUGUUUUCAGAUACGCAGCGAGAACUUGUGCUAGGACAUCUGACCGGUUUCGAACUCGAAUUCGUCAUUCCCCAAAAGUAUAUCAAAGCAGCUGCCGACUUACUGGUCACUUCUGGAUACGCCAAAUGCACGGAUCCGUCCUGUAAUGAGCUAACCAACGACCGGACUCCUGGUGUAAAUCACCCCGCGGAGGUCAUUGUAGCGUGGAACCGAUUUCAUGCGGUUGGCGUCUCUCACUUCCACAUGAAAGAUGACUUUGUCGUUCAUCUUUUACCACAGUCCAACAUUAUCCCCUGGCUCCCCGAAAUACAGCCAGGGCCACCUGCCGAUGACGAUGCAGACCUGAUGCUCACUACUGACCGUACCCUUCCAGCUGCAGCUGAGAAUGGGCCAUCUGGAGCUUGGAGGCGCCGUUAUCCUGUCAAGAUCUUAAACCCGGAUUCUUUUACCGAGUCUGUACUGUGGCUAUUUUGUCGGGAUUUCGAGCAUGAUGAAGACCUUUCCGACAGAUGGUGCGACAUGAAAAUGGCCUUAAGGGACGAUGCCAUGUUCACGAAGUGCCUGCGGCCGGAGCUUCGAGCUGCGUGGGCCUGCUACAAUCGCCGCGACGAGUAUUACGCGAUACAUAUGUACCGCGAGAUCCUGUUGCUGCGCGAGCGACUAAUUGCAGAUGGUCGGCUUCCGAAAAACCUGCCAGUUAUCGACAUUGCUGAGUAUCAAGAUCCUGUGAGCGAGUAUUACGGUCUGGCCCCACCGGUAUAG